AAAAGUUUUUGUAAUUAAUUAAUUAUGACAUUAAUUAAUGUAAUGCAAUGUUAUAACUUCAAAUUUACUGUCCUCAUUUACAACGAGUUACCAAAUUAAUUGCAAAAUUUAAACCAACUUAAUUAAUAACACAAAUUAAAUCCACAGUUUCACUAACCUCCUCUCUAAUAUAUUCAUAUAAAACCUCAAAUUCAAUACACAACACCAUAAUCUCCAACUUAAUUAAUUAAAACAAAAAAAUAAUAAUAAUAAUAAUAAUAAUAAUAAUAAAUAAAUAAUAAAAAAAAAUGUCUAAGCCCAGCUUCCUGCACGUGUUCGCAGUCAUAAUCGCCUGCACAACAAUCCUAGCCACACCAUCCGCCGCAGAUCUGCUCAGCGACGUAGGGUUGAUCGGAGGCGGCCUGGGUUUGCCAGACGUCCGGCAAUGCCUCGCCGGAAUAUUCGAGGUCCACGGGUGCCUCCACGAACUGAUAUUCUCCGUCCUCAGCCUUCAGCCCCGACUUGUGGGCCCCACUUGCUGCAGCGCCUUCUUGCAAAUCGACGAGGGAUGUUUGCCGAAGGUGUUUCCUUUACACCCGGAGUUUACUUCUUUGUUGCAGAAUUACUGCUUGUCCGUUAUCGAUGGCUCCGUGAAAUUGCCUCCGCCUCCGCCGCCGUGUGACUCCGGCGACUGCGAUUAUUACUAGUUAUUCAUUUAUUUUUUCAUUCUGGAUGGGUGUUUUGGUAAUUAGACUAGUUUAAGAUUAAUUUGGUUUGAUAUCUAUACUAUUUUAUAUAAUUCUUGGGAAAUAAUGAAUAAUGGAUUUUCAAUUAUAUAUUACUGAAUUUUUGGUAUUGGUAUUUUAUUUAUAUAAAAAAAAUGUGUUGAUUCACUUUAUAAUAAAAGUCUGAAAUAGUUAUUUUAAUUUGAUUUUUAUUUACUUUAGUGUUAAAAUAUUUU